AUGAUGAGGAAUCUAUCAAGAGAGACCACGUUCACUCAAUUUCACAAGGCUAGACCUUUCUUUGGUGUUGUUUACAUACAAUUUGGUCUUGCAGGAUUGAAUAUCCUCUUUAAAGCUGCAUUAAAUGAAGGGACGAGCAAUUAUGUGUUCAUAGUCUACCGCCAUGCCAUAGCUGCCAUUUUUGUUCCACAGGAAGAAAAGGCCCAAGACCAAAACCUGUACUUCCUGGGGUUGAAAUACACAACGGCAAAACUUGCAGCAUCUAUGUGCAACAUUCUUCCUGCUGUUACAUUCCUCAUGGCCUGCUUACUAAGGCUCGAGAAAUUUGAGAUAAACAGCAUCCACAGCCAAGCCAAGGUAGCUGGCACUGUUGGCACAGUGGCUGGAGCCAUGCUUGUGACCCUAUUAAGAGGUAGAGUUAUAGAGCUGCCAUGGACAAAAGAAAGCAGCAGCAACCAUGGACGCCAAAGAGUUGAAAUAAAUAUUCAGAAUUCAUUCGAAGGUUCCCUAAUGAUCACAAUUGGAUGUUUCUGCUGCGCUUCCUUCACAAUUUUGCAGGCGAUCACACUAAAAACGUAUCCUGCUGAACUCUCUCUCACUGCUUGGAUAUGCCUGUUCGGAACAGCUGGGGGAACGAUGGUGGCACUAGUAAUGGAGAAGGGAAAAGCUGCAGUCUGGUCUAUAAACUGGGACACUAAAUUUCUUGCAGUUUACAGUAAAAUAUUGCAGGGAAAAGUUUCUUCAGGACUUGCUUACUACAUCCAAGAAAUUGUAUUGAAAGACAAAGGCCCUGUUUUUGUAACUGCUUUCGGCCCAUUUAGCUUGGUUAUUGUUGCUGUCCUCAGCUCUUUUAUUUUGGCCGAGCAAGUGUACUUAGGAAGGUGAGUGUAUAAAGCUCCUCCUGAGCCUUAUUUAUAUGCUUAUGAUUUGCUUGGUAGGUUAGUACCCGACAAUAUUAAAAAAUAAAAAAGAAGCGCAAUUCUUCUUUAUCGCGUUGUCCAUUUGAGUACUGCAAUAUGAAGCUACUAUUAUUUCUGUACAGGGUUGUUGGAGCCAUUGUAAUAGUUAUCGGCCUUUUCCUUCUUAUCUGGGGCAAGAAAAAUAACAAGUCCUCCCCACCGGUUGAAGACGAAGCAAUACCA